AUGCUUAAUUAAGAAAAUUACAAAAUAUAACAAUUUUUAGUACAUCUCUUCAAUGUUGAUACUUCGUACUCUACAUGCUUUCAUUUAACUGAACCCAUGCUUUAUCAACUUUUCAUUGAAUAGGAUCAUCAAGAAAAUCAAAGAUAGGAUUUCACAUCAUUCGUUGAGUAGUACCAAAUGAUUUAUAGAAAAGAGUUUAAGCCCAUAUCUGCUAGAACACAUUUGAAUUAAUAAAGUUUAGACAAUGUGAAACCCUUUACAUAUCCAUCAAAUUCUUAUGUGUGGAUCAAAGCAAAAUAAAAAAAAUUAAAAUAACAACUAACAGAAUAGGCAUCAAGAGAAAAAUCAAUAUCGACCUAAAAAUAAUCAAGAUCUAAUUAACCGAUUGUUUAUGAAAGCUUAUAACUAAAUACACCUAAAUAAAUUAAGAAUAAUAUGUUGAUUCAAUCCCCAAAAAUAUUCAAAAAAGGAUCGAAUAGCAUGACUUUUGAAUUGAAUUCAAGAAAUAGAAACUAAGAUAAUGAUUUAAAACAAAGUUUAAAAACUCCGCAAUUUAAAUAGACAAGAAUCUCUGAAUCCAAAAAAGUAAAUUCAGUUGAAAGGUAGAAAGACUCACUGAAAUUUGUGGGUAGGAGUAAGCUUACUAAAGAAUCAAUUCCAUAAUCUCAUAUUUAAAGACUUAGAAGCCUAUCAGGAACUGAAAAAUUGGCUGCUCAUCAAUUAAUCAUUGGAACCAUUAAUGAAAUUAAUUAAUUAGUACACAAAAUGGAAGAACCAAAGUUAGAUAGAAUCCAAUCAGAAGAGAGUCCUGGUGUAUAAGUACCUACUAGGUUAGGGAUUGUGCCAGCUAAAUUGAUCUCAAUAGAUGUUAAAAAAUAUAAACAAUGA